AUGGCGGUGCGGUGGGCCCGGCUCCGCGUCUGGCUGCUCCUGCAUUUUCUGCCGCAGGUGUACUGCGAGUAUGGGAUGGUACAUGUCCUUUCAGAGAAAGGGAGCAGCAAAGGAAAAGACUACUGUAUCCUCUUCAACUCUCAGUGGGCCCAUUUGCCACAUGAUCUGGGUAAAGCUUCACUCUUGCAACUGCAGGAUCAGACAGCGUCUGUUUUAUGUUCUCCUUCUGAUGUACCUGAUGGGGGAUUUAAUAAUCAAAUCCCCAUGGUGAUGCGAGGGAAUUGCACCUUCUAUGAGAAAGUGAGGCUCGCUCAGAUAAAUGGAGCUCGUGGGCUGCUCAUUGUUAGUAGAGAGAGACUGGUUCCUCCUGGGGGUAACAGGAGUCAAUAUGAAGAAAUUGAUAUUCCUGUGGCUCUGCUCAGCUAUACUGAUAUGUUAGAUAUUGGCAAGAGUUUCGGCAGCUCAGUGAAAGGAGCGAUGUAUGCACCAAAUGAACCUGUGCUAGACUAUAACAUGGUGAUUAUAUUUGUCAUGGCGGUGGGGACUGUUGCAAUUGGAGGCUACUGGGCAGGAAGCAGAGAUGUGAAAAAGCGGUACAUGAAGCACAAACGUGAUGAUGGGGCAGAAAAACAUGAUGAUGAAACAGUUGAUGUGACUCCAAUAAUGAUCUGUGUAUUUGUAGUGAUGUGCUGCUCAAUGCUGGUCCUCCUUUAUUUCUUCUAUGACCACUUAGUCUAUGUUAUCAUAGGAAUAUUCUGCCUGGCUGCGUCAAUUGGUCUUUACAGUUGUCUGUCUCCCUUCGUAAGAAGAUUCCCCUUGGGAAAGUGUAGAAUCCCAGACAACAACUUGCCUUAUUUUCACAAGCGUCCACAGGUCCGGAUGUUGCUAUUGGCAGUAUUUUGUAUCUCUGUCAGCGUAAUCUGGGGAAUCUUCAGAAACGAAGAUCAGUGGGCCUGGGUUCUGCAAGAUGCUUUAGGAAUUGCGUUCUGUCUUUAUAUGUUGAAAACAAUUCGCCUGCCUACAUUUAAGGGUUGUACCUUGCUCCUCCUGGUUCUUUUUGUGUAUGAUGUGUUCUUUGUAUUUAUCACACCUUUUCUAACAAAGACUGGGGAGAGUAUAAUGGUGGAGGUAGCUGCAGGCCCGUCUGAUUCUGCCACUCAUGAAAAGCUCCCAAUGGUCCUGAAGGUGCCACGACUGAACUCCUCACCGUUGGCUCUGUGUGACAGGCCUUUUUCUCUCCUAGGAUUUGGAGACAUUUUAGUUCCAGGCUUACUGGUAGCCUAUUGCCAUAGAUUUGAUAUUCAGGUGCAGUCAUCCAGAGUCUAUUUUGUAGCCUGCACAAUAGCAUACGGCAUAGGCCUUCUUGUGACCUUUGUUGCCUUGGCAUUGAUGCAGAUGGGCCAGCCCGCUCUCCUCUACUUGGUGCCCUGUACUCUUCUCACAAGCUUUGCUGUGGCUCUUUGGAGAAAGGAGCUUGCAAUGUUCUGGACGGGCAGCGGCUUUGCGAAAGACCUACCUCAGCCUCCCUUGGUGAUAGCUCCUGUCAACUGCCCUGAGCUUCCCAAAGAUAGCAAUGUACCAGCCUCUCAACAAGACACAGAGCAAAUGACCAAUCCUACCCUCCAUGUGAAGGAGCUGCAUGGCCCCACCUCAGCUGCAGAGGAGCUGGCUGAUACCGACACAAAGAUGGACCAGUCAGAAAUUUCUAUUGCACAGAGUGAGGAACCAGCUGGUCAGAAUAUGGAAAACCUUGAAAGCAAAUGCCUAAAUGCAGAGCAAAAACAGCUGGAAUAAACAAUGUGAUAAGAACUCCUUAUUUUCCCUCACAAACAUAUCCAUAUGAAACCAGUAUUUAUUUAGGACUGGUUUAGUAGUGUUUGCAUUCAUUGAGGAACCUCACUGGGAGUCUGAUCAUCAAAUCCAACAACGAAUGUUCUGCCUCCAGCUUCAGUACAGCUAUACACUUCAAACAUCUUUCUGAAAUAUGGUGCUCUAAAAGGGUUCUGAUGUAUGGAUUUCAAUGAUCAUUUUAUUAGUGAAUGCCUUUGACCGUUCCAUUUUCAUUAUACCGGGGUAGUAUUAAGAGUCUUAUUUACACAGUACUCUGUGCUUGUGUGGCUAUUUUGCUGCUUUAGCAUAGUGUAGGUUAACAUGGAGGAAAAGCAUUGAAGAAGUCUGCUACAAUGCUUAGUUGAGAGAAACGUGAUAGUUUUUUAGCACUUUCCCUAUUGUCAUCUUUUACUUUUACUCUUCCCUACUUGUCAAAGCCAUUGAUACAAGGGAAUGCUUUAGUAUAAACUGACAUUCAGGAAAUGCAGAGAAUGGUUAAAUUACCAGCCUCUGAAAGGAUUUAUACUACCAUGGUGCAUUAAAUGCAUCUCUUAACUUUUUUGUCUUUGUUUUUACGUUCAGAUACCUGGGUUGGCUACUAGUCUAGUUUAAAAGGCAGGAUGAAUGGAGCUACAGGAAGCUUUCUAAGCACUCGUAUGAACUCUAGGGGCUGUCUCUGAAAAUAAACAGUGUUUGUUACAGAACACUGUCUGGAAGCAAAAGCAUAUUAAGAGUGUUUAAUGUUUUAGAAAUAAAAUACAAGCCAAAUAGGUAGUAGCACUAUACUAAGCUUAAUAGGCAGUAUUUUUGUUGGGAAAAUGUUCAAGUGAAGCAGUAAAAGAUCAUAUGCUUGGGGUUUUGAGCUUCUACUUGCUAUUUGUUUAAAGAAUAUAAUUGCGAUUUCUAAUUCUGAAGAAAAUAAUCUGGUGGUUUCAUUCCCAAGGAAGCACAUAUGGUGCUAUAGUCAGGUGUGACUUAAAGCUACUUGCUGCUCAGUAACUAAUCAACUGCCUCAGUCAUGUUUUGUCUUUGUCCCAAGAGUAGCCAAAGCAUGGCCUGUCAGGGUCUGGAAUGAGGCUGUGAUCUAGCCUAUUAUUUUGCACCUCUUGCUACAUGACAUUGUGAAGGAUUGAAUUUGUGAAUUUAAAGCUUUUUGGGGUGCAGCUGGUCUUACUUUAUAUCCCUGAAAUUGUGCGUUUUCCUGUCUAACAUGAUUGAGUCUUUUAUGCAUCAACUUUAGUACACAUAGAGGGAUUAUGUGAUUUUGCAUAUUAUUUAUUCCAUCUAAGAACAUUUGGCUUUCUCAGUGGUGUCUGUCUACACUUAAAUUGCAAUCCCAGAAACCCUCAAACACUUCAUGUUACUUCCAUUUUCUAUUUCAGUUCUAUUCUAGGAUCCUAGAAUAUGAUUCCAAAUUGCAUGGAAGAAAUACUCUUAAGAGUAUUUGAGAGCCCAAAAUGUCAUUUACAAAUGUUGAGUUAAAUUCUGAAGGGCUCUCUUGUAAUGUCUGUCUGAUAAACUUCAGCCAUUGUCUUUUUGGCUAAGUCUUCCAAAAGUUUGGCCUGUGCUUUUUGGAUGAUAACCUCUGUUCUGAUCUGUUUCACAUUGGGUGGAUAGUGCUCUUUCUCUAGAAUGUGGAAGGCUUUCUUUAAAACCACACUACGGCUUCAGAGUUUUACCAGCUUCUGCUUAAAGCCUCAAGCUUUGUCUGAUAAGUUGAUAUAAUGGUGAGUUUCUUGAAAGGCUUCCUGAGUCCAAAAGCCUGCACUAUAUUUAAUUUACAAAUCACCCUAAUGGAAGAUAGUAGUACUAAAGAGAUCUGUUUUUCAUUCUCCUCUUUAAUGGACUAUGUUACUUUUGCCAGCAGUAAUCUGAACCAAUUAUUACUAAUAAAAAGCAACAGAGACAUUUUACUGAAAACUUCAGCCAGCUGGAUUAUGCCUUAAUUUAAGCCAUUGUAUAAGUAUGUAUAUUAAAUCAAGAAAACAAUCCUCGGUUUAAAUAAUGAACUUGACAAAUAGCAAGAAAACAAGUUUGGAGACUGACUCAAAGUUCUAUGGUUUUUUGCCUUGAUUGUCUUUCAAUCAUAAUGUUAUUUGGAAUAGCUUUUUAUAUACUUAAAAGCCAGUAGCUUUCUGAUGAUGAAGCAUUAAGUUUUAUCACCUACUUGAAAGUGUAUUUUAACAUUUGUUCUCAUAUGUUGUGGCUUAGGAAACUUACUUUCUCAAAUUGUUUAUAACUCAAUUAAAAUGGAAGUAUUCGUAACACUUACCUUGUAGGCAUUUAACAGUUGCUUUGUUCACAUUGCAUUCUAGAUAGGUCUGCUUGUAGCACGUGCUUCACCUGAUGUUUCUGGGCGUUUUACAGCUGGUUUUGUGUGAUUUUGUUUGUUUGUUUUUUUCAAGCUACAAAGAUCAAUGCGGAAAAACCCCAAUAGCUACUCAAUGCAAUAUCUCCAGUUAAAGUAUGUAAACUGGCCGUGAGUUACAUACUUUGACUAUUCCAGUACUGUAUAAAUCAGGUGACCCUGGCGCACCAGUUUGGCUGCGACUGUUCGGACCCUAAUCCUGGGCAGUUCAAUCAUUUCCAUCAAAAACCAAGGCUGUGCUUUUUCUGUCUUUCAGAAACCUCCCUGACCAGCUUAAUGUGAAACUUAAUAUUGUAUAGGAAAAUGUGACGAUCUGUUCAGUGUAGCUGACUGGUUUUAUCUGAUGAUUGCAGAUAUACAUCCCACACCAACCUUGAGUUAAAAAUGCUCAAAAUAAUGAAAGUAAUGUUAAAAGUAAUGUUGAUGCACUGCUUGUUUACAUCUUUCAUAUACUAAGCCUUUAGCUAACUAUCUAAAAAUUCAAUAAUAAGGAUUCUAUUUCUGAAAACUUGGACGCGUUCAGGGGAAGCACCUCUUUUAGUCAAAAAA